AUGCGUUUCAUAGUUCAACGUGACCAUUUUCUAGUAACAACCACAGAUGAUGGUUCUGAAACCAUUCUUGGGCAGGAACGUGUUCUGUCGCCAACUCAAAUAUUCGAUAUUGAGUUCCCUCACCUGCUUGUCCCUCAUGUUAGUGACUACUACAUCAAUGAUAUGCUUACACACUUAGAAAUCCCUGAAGCCUUCAUUGAGCAACUGAAACGACAGAUAUCCAUACAUGCUUAUCAAGAGGCUUUGAUUUGUAGAGAGAAGAGGUCUCAGUCCUUGAGUAUUAUCAUAGGCCUUAAUAUUCAACUCAUAGAAGAAGUUGCAGAGCUCGAAGCCAGUUUGAUGGAUAUGGUUGGAGAUGGAAGUUUUAGAUUGGUUCCGGCUUCGCGAUCUUCAAUUGAAGCUUUGGAGAUUAAAAAAUUUGAUGAUACAGAAGACCCUUCUUCUUCUGCUAUAGAGACUUGUAUGAUUUGCAUGGACGAGUAUGUGAAAGGAGUCGACAUUGCACGGAUGCCUUGCUCACAUUUUUUCCAUAGUGAAUGCAUUGUUACGUGGUUGGAACAUAAGAAUUCAUGCCCUUUGUGUCGCUUUGAAUUGCCUACAGAAGCUUAA